AUGUCACCACCGACAAUAACAGGACUCGGUGUCAUCGCAUUCGCCAACAACAUCUACUGGGCCGUCAAGAUGAAGCCGGAGGGCGCCAAGAUGGUCUACUCGAUAUAUGUGCCCACCGAACUCGUCCAGCAGGUAUACGGCGUGUCGAAUGGCGAUUUUGUAAAAGUGACGGCGACGAAAUGGGAGGCGCCUUCCGGCCUUUCUUUUACCGGCAUCACCUAUAAAGCGACGGCUGCCCGCUGGCACGGUCACCCGAAAAUGAUCGAGGGCCAAGCGCGCGUCCACAACACCGACCCCAACGGCGAAUUCUGCUUUUUAGAGUAUGUCGAGACCGGCAAACUGAUAAAGAUAUUCGCCGUCCGUACGAAUUGGCGGCCCGAGGUGCCGUCACUGGCGGGAAUUUUGAAAGCCGGCGAUUCGGUCACCUUUCGAGCCCAAGAGCAGCCAUUUGCGGGCGGCAAUCAGGCGGAUGUGCGGUUUAAGACCGUCUACUUCACCCAUGCCAAUAAUUCGAUCGAUGCGGAUGGGACUGUUACACCAAAGGUCCGCGCCGUGCCCGGCACAACCCCAAAAGCCCGUGGAACUACGGCCACCGUCGAAAAGCAGAAAAUCGUCUCCACCUCGCCGGCCCCCACCACAACUCGUCUACCCAUCACAACAACAGCAACCCCUUCAACGCCAUCCAAACCCGAACCCAAACCCAAAGCAAAACCCGAGCUCCCUGAGCCCCGGCCCGACGCGUGGAAUAUGGAGCGACGGAGAUCCGACGCCUCCACCCCAGUCGACAAUAUUGUAAAGGAGAUGGCAAAAUUGGAGGUGAAAGCUGAGCCGAAAACACGGGAAGAACGUUGGCAGGCCGAUAUGCAGGCGAUUUCCUAUCUAACGCAACUGCUCGCCGAUGGCCAUUGUUCGGGAUGUGUCGCCCAAGCCGUCGCCAAGUCACAAAAUCAAACCCCUAAUAAUAACAAUAAUAAG